AUGUGUGUUUAUGCCUACAUCAUGCCGAGGAGACACUUAACAGUAAAUAACCCGUGUAUACCUGAGGUAAGAUACUGUUUCUGCUUUCCCUGCACAGUGCUGCUGCAGCACGGAGCUGAUCCAAACAUUCGGAACACCGAUGGGAAAUCUGCGCUGGAUCUGGCAGACCCUUCAGCAAAAGCUGUACUCACGGGUGAAUACAAGAAGGACGAACUCCUGGAAGCUGCUAGGAGUGGUAAUGAAGAAAAACUGAUGGCUUUAUUGACUCCUUUAAAUGUGAACUGCCAUGCAAGUGAUGGGCGUAAGUCCACUCCUUUACACCUAGCAGCAGGCUACAACAGGGUUCGGAUAGUCCAGCUUCUGCUUCAGCAUGGUGCCGAUGUGCAUGCAAAGGACAAAGGUGGUCUUGUGCCUCUUCAUAAUGCAUGUUCAUAUGGACACUAUGAGGUUACAGAGCUGCUACUUAAGCAUGGUGCCUGUGUGAACGCUAUGGACCUGUGGCAGUUCACCCCCUUGCACGAGGCUGCUUCCAAGAACCGCGUGGAGGUCUGCUCCCUCCUGCUGAGCCACGGCGCGGAUCCCACGCUGGUCAACUGCCACGGCAAGAGCGCCGUCGAUAUGGCUCCAACGCCUGAGCUCAGGGAGAGACUGACCUAUGAAUUCAAAGGACACUCUUUACUGCAAGCAGCCAGAGAGGCAGACCUAGCCAAAGUGAAAAAGACACUUGCUUUGGAGAUCAUUAAUUUUAAGCAGCCACAGUCUCAUGAGACUGCACUGCACUGUGCUGUGGCUGCUGUGCAUCCCAAGCGGAAGCAAGUUACAGAACUAUUGCUCAGGAAAGGAGCAAAUGUUAAUGAGAAAAACAAAGACUUCAUGACACCUUUACAUGUUGCUGCUGAAAAAGCUCAUAAUGAUGUCAUGGAAGUUCUGCAUAAACAUGGAGCAAAGAUGAAUGCACUGGACACACUUGGUCAAACAGCGUUGCACAGGGCUGCGUUAGCAGGUCACUUGCAAACCUGCCGGCUGUUGCUGAGUUACGGCUCUGAUCCCUCCAUCAUCUCUUUACAAGGCUUCACAGCAGCACAGAUGGGAAAUGAAGCAGUGCAACAGAUUCUAAGUGAAAGUACACCUGUGCGCACAUCAGAUGUGGAUUAUCGGUUGUUAGAAGCAUCCAAAGCUGGAGACUUGGAAACUGUGAAGCAACUUUGCAGCCCUCAGAAUGUGAAUUGUAGAGAUCUGGAAGGCCGUCAUUCAACGCCACUGCACUUUGCUGCAGGAUAUAACCGUGUAUCAGUGGUGGAGUAUCUGUUGCACCAUGGAGCAGAUGUGCAUGCCAAAGAUAAAGGUGGCUUAGUACCCCUGCACAACGCCUGUUCUUAUGGACACUACGAAGUGGCUGAACUCCUAGUGAGGCACGGUGCUUCUGUCAACGUGGCAGACCUGUGGAAAUUCACUCCUCUACAUGAAGCAGCAGCAAAAGGAAAAUAUGAAAUCUGCAAACUGCUUUUAAAACAUGGAGCUGAUCCAACGAAAAAGAAUCGAGAUGGGAACACUCCUCUAGAUUUGGUGAAAGAAGGGGACACAGAUAUCCAGGACUUACUGCGAGGAGACGCUGCCUUGCUAGAUGCUGCCAAGAAGGGGUGCCUGGCACGAGUGCAGAAGUUAUGUACUCAAGAAAAUAUCAAUUGCAGAGACACCCAGGGAAGAAAUUCAACACCGCUACACCUUGCAGCUGGUUACAACAAUUUGGAAGUAGCUGAAUACCUUCUUGAGCAUGGUGCUGAUGUUAAUGCCCAGGACAAAGGAGGAUUAAUCCCCCUACACAAUGCAGCAUCCUAUGGGCAUGUGGAUAUAGCAGCACUCUUGAUCAAAUACAAUACAUGUGUAAAUGCAACAGAUAAAUGGGCGUUCACACCAUUGCAUGAAGCUGCACAAAAAGGAAGGACACAGCUCUGUGCUCUGCUAUUAGCUCAUGGAGCAGAUCCAACCAUGAAGAAUCAAGAGGGUCAGACACCAUUAGACCUGGCAACAGCUGACGAUAUCCGAGCUUUGCUGAUAGAUGCGAUGCCUCCAGAAGCUUUGCCUACAUGCUUCAAGCCUCAAGCUACUGUUGUUAGUGCCUCUGUGAUUUCACCAGCAUCCACACCGUCCUGCCUCUCUGCUGCCAGCAGUAUAGAUAACCUCACUGGGCCACUGGCAGAACUAGCCGUAGGAGGGGCAUCAAAUGCUGGUGAUGGAGCAGCAGGAACUGACAGGAAGGAAGGAGAAGUUUCUGGUCUUGACAUGAACAUUACCCAGUUCCUAAAAAGCCUGGGUCUUGAACACCUUCGGGACAUCUUUGAGACAGAACAGAUAACCCUGGAUGUGUUGGCAGACAUGGGGCAUGAGGAGCUUAAAGAAAUUGGGAUCAAUGCAUAUGGACACCGCCACAAAUUAAUAAAAGGUGUGGAGAGACUUCUCGGAGGGCAGCAAGGCACCAAUCCUUAUUUGACUUUCCACUGUGUGAGUCAGGGGACCAUUCUCCUUGACCUUGCUCCUGAUGAUAAGGAGUAUCAGUCCGUAGAAGAGGAGAUGCAAAGUACAAUCCGGGAGCAUCGGGAUGGUGGAAAUGCUGGUGGUAUCUUCAAUAGGUACAAUGUCAUCAGGAUUCAAAAGGUAGUGAACAAGAAGUUGCGGGAGAGAUUCUGUCACAGACAGAAGGAGGUCUCAGAGGAGAAUCAUAACCAUCACAACGAGCGCAUGUUGUUUCACGGGUCUCCUUUUAUAAAUGCUAUCAUUCACAAAGGAUUUGAUGAAAGGCAUGCAUACAUUGGAGGAAUGUUUGGAGCUGGAAUUUACUUUGCCGAAAACUCCUCAAAAAGCAACCAAUAUGUGUAUGGAAUAGGGGGAGGAACAGGCUGUCCCACACACAAAGACAGGUCCUGUUAUAUCUGCCACAGACAAAUGCUGUUCUGUAGGGUGACCCUUGGAAAAUCCUUUCUUCAGUUCAGCACAAUGAAAAUGGCUCAUGCCCCUCCAGGGCACCAUUCUGUUAUCGGCAGACCAAGCGUGAAUGGACUUGCAUACGCUGAAUACGUUAUCUACAGGGGAGAACAGGCAUACCCAGAAUAUCUCAUUACAUACCAGAUUGUGAAACCAGAAGCUCCCUCACAGACAGCAACAGCAGCAGAGCAAAAGACCUAGUAGCUUCAGAGCGGUGAAGAAGGAUGUGACUUCAAUCUUGGACUGGAUGGAUACAUGUUUCAGAAAAUCAGUAUCAUAAAAUUCUUAACAACCUGGAAAUAAGCUGUAUGUCUUUUAUAAAGCAUUGCUGUCUUGAUGAAUACGAUAUGAGUAACUCUUGCAUACUCAAUUGCUACUGUUCCUCUUGAGGAAAGUUUACAAGGGACUGCCUUUUAAUAACAUAUCUCAGGCUCCUAGUCUCUGCAGUUACCAUGUGUAAAAUAAUAUUGUUUUGAUCUAGACCUUGGGAACAUUAUUGUGCAAAUGGAAAUCUUUAUCGGUGCCAUCUCACAUGUUAAAAUUUCAGACACUACUAUUCUAAUUAUUUUAUUUGCAGAUAAAUUGCAUUAAGCCCAUCAUUUUCUUUUCAGCAUACAUCGUUCAUUUUCUGUUGUCAAGAGAUCCUAUUUAUUCUUCUUUUGUAUUCUGAAGUUGAGCCGGAACCUUCUUGAAGAUAUUUUGCACAAAAGUCGAGUCGACUAAAAUCAUUAACAAUGCAAUAUAAAUUUCAUCUGAGGAGGGGCUAGGUCAAGUUCUUCAAUAUAGGGGUUUUUUGCACACCUCUGAGCAAACAAUAAUAUGAGUGAGUGUAACUUUAGAGUGGAGACAAAUCACGAUAGUUCACUGCUUUUUCUGUGUGAGUUUUCUGGGGGAAGCCCUGGGAAGUGUUUGCAAGGGUAAAACCAGCUCUUGUGCGUGGAAGAACGUCAUAAAACAGGUCCGUGUUCUCUGCUGGCAUCCCUGAAAGAACAUUUUAUAAGGCUAUUAAGUACGUGCAGCUUGUGAAAUGUUCUCCAGUUACAGCAGCGUAUGGGUUUCUGGGAGAUAGCAGGUUAAGAGUCAGAAGAUUUCAUACACAAGGGCAUAUCUAGUUCAUGUUCCUCUGUAAUAUGAGACCCAGUAAGUGGGUUUCAGGCUGGUAAGGGAGAGUGUGUUGUAGCAGUUUCAUGUCACAUCUUCGUGUGUGACAUCACAGUUGAAGAGCUUAAGGGAUUUAAAAAAGUAAUAAUUAUUUUAAAUAUCCAUUUUACAUUUUGAUGAGAACGAAAUUUUAAAAUAUUAGUUGAUAAGUGGAUUUGUUUGCAGGUAUACCAGAGAACAAAGCUAGGAUUUAUUCACCUUAUUCCCUUCUUCCCAAGUUCACAGGUUUAUUUUAUGGGUUAGGAGAAAAUUAUUUUUAAGCAUUGCAUAGCACAGAAUCAAACAGUUUCAAAAGUCCCCUUCAUGAUGGACAUGCACUUAACAAAAGUAGCAAGCAGUUUCUUUUUUGUGGUGUUUUACAGUUUCAGAGAAGGUUGAAAAUCGAGACCUGUUAAUUUUUUUCCUAACAGCCAAUAUCAGGACAUGUGCUUCAGUGCUGACCAUGUAACAACUGGAGGAAAAAAAUGUUCCUUUGAACACAACACGCUGUACAUUUCCCUGUCAACCAGCACUAUUUAGUAUCUGAUGAUCCAGUUCAUGCAUUCAGGUUUUAUCCCUCUUAAAGCAAGAGAAUGACAGAAUAGUAUGCUUUUAAUUUAUAAAAAUAUAUGUGCUACUCACAAGUGGGAUUUUGCUGACAUGUUUGGAUAAAAUAAAGCUGAAGAGCUUUUCACUUUCAGCAUUAGGGCACAACAUUUUCAUUUUUAACAUUAAGGCAUUAAUGCUGAAGCAAGUUACCUUCAUAAGGAAUUUCACCCACUGUAAAAUCAGUCACUUGAUGCAAUAUGUCUACCUGAAAUCAUCUGUUUGUAGUAUCUCUUAAGAAAACCUUAGAAAUAGCAAUACUCCAACAGAUCUUGAACUUUGAGUUUUAUUUUUGUUGAGCUGGCAGUGGAUAUAUGGUUCUCACUUCAUUUUGUGACCUGAUUAAAUAUGUAGCUUUAAAGUCCCAGCCAGGCUCUAGCCUAGUUGUCCUUUUAAACAAAUUUCAUUGAUAAAAUCGGGUGCUUGUAUUUUGGCUACUUGUUUCAUAGUGUUAGGAUUGCAAAGAUCACCACUAGGCUUUGAAGCUUUGUAUUCACCAUUAAAGUUUGGGGUUUGUUUUUAAUUUAGUUAAUAAUGGAAUGAGAGGGUUUGCCUAUCUACACUAGGAUUUCAGAUAGCCGCCAGAGCGAGUAUUGCUCACCAUCCCCAGUUAGACAUAGUUUUAAAUGGUGAAACAGCUGUGCUGCUUAGGUGAGCAAGAUGGGUACUCUGGGUGUGGAAGUUAAAAGCUUUACAUCUUUCAAAAACAAGAGCAAAUC